ACCUCAGACUUCCGGCUGGCUGUAUGUUGUUGGCUGUCGCGAGUGUCGGUUGCCAGGGUGAGGAUGGAUCACACCUCUUUAACAGAGAGAUAAACUCACAUUGUAUCUCUCUUAAACAUAUCUGUCAUAUCUACACACACAGGCAACGACUAACAGGGAGGAGUGCCAUUACAACGGUGCCAAAAGUGGGAUGGAGUGGCGUUCACUGCUUGACUUCUCUUAAGCUCAGGACAGGUAUGAUCAGGUGAUCUAUAAGGAGAGACGUCCAUCUGUCAGUACUGUUUCUCUGGGUGAAGGUGAAGAUGAACCGUUACACAACACUCAAGCAGCUGGGUGAUGGGACCUAUGGUAGUGUUCUGAUGGGGAAAAGCAAUGAGUCCGGAGAGCUGGUGGCCAUCAAGAGAAUGAAGAGGAAGUUCUACUCUUGGGAAGAGUGCAUGAAUCUGAGAGAGGUCAAGUCACUGAAGAAACUGAAUCAUGCUAAUGUGGUGAAGUUAAAGGAGGUGAUACGAGAGAACGAUCACUUGUACUUUGUCUUUGAAUACAUGAAAGAAAACCUCUACCAGCUCAUGAAAGACAGAACCAAAUUGUUCCCAGAGUCAGUCAUCAGGAAUAUAAGCUUUCAGAUAUUGCAGGGACUAUCAUUUAUUCAUAAGAAUGGAUUUUUUCACCGUGAUAUGAAACCAGAGAAUUUGCUGUGUAUGGGUCCAGAACUGGUGAAAAUCGCUGACUUCGGACUGGCUCGAGAGAUCCGCUCUAGGCCUCCUUAUACAGACUACGUCUCAACACGAUGGUAUCGAGCUCCAGAGGUGCUGUUGAGGUCACCAGUGUAUAGUUCACCCAUAGACAUCUGGGCAGUAGGAUGCAUCAUGGCUGAACUCUACACACUGCGACCACUGUUUCCUGGCAACAGUGAGGUGGAUGAGAUCUUCAAGAUCUGUCAGGUUCUUGGUACAGUAAAGAAGUCAGACUGGCCAGAGGGUUAUCAGCUAGCUUCUGCGAUGAACUUCCGUUUCCCUCAGUGUGUUCCUACACCACUGAAAACUCUGAUCCCCAAUGCCACCAAUGAGGCUUUAGAUCUCAUGAGAGACUUCCUCCAGUGGGACCCAAAGAAAAGACCCUCUGCUGCAAAGGCACUCAGAUACCCCUACUUCCAAGUGGGACAAGUUCUGGGUCCCCGUCCCAUGACCCCUGAUGUACGGAAGGUUCAGAUAAAGCCAGUUCUGCCCAGUGAACCCAGAUCAGAGUUGCAGUCUGUCUCAGAACCAGUGCUGCCAUCACAGACUAAAGGCCAAAGUAGAAACUCCCAUCAGCCACUGCAGCAGAUUCCUCUGCCUCAGUCUCUCUCUCAGGCAGACCCUCUCGCUCCUCAUCCACAAAAGGUGGUCGGGGGUGAGAACAGUUUGAUCGGACUGAAGAAUGGUCGGAGAAGGUGGGGACAGACAAACAUGAAACCCUCAGACAGCUGGGAUGAGUCUGACUGUUCUGAGACCGCAGCUUCCCUCUCUAAAAAACCCAGCAAAGGCCUUGAGGAGGAGAAAACUACUCCACAACCCAAGGACCAGAAACCCCUUUACACAUUUAGCACUGUAACCAAGUUACCAAACACCAGCAGACUGAACCAGCCAGAUUCUAGUCACCAUAGCACCUCUUCAGCCAGACAACAUUACCUGCGCCAGUCCAGAUACCUGCCAGGGUUAAUAAGCAAGAACACACCAUCUCUGAGCAACAAGGAGUCUCAACAAGACUUGUGGGACACCUCAGCUCUGAUCAACAAACCUCUCGCACCCAUUGGAGGAGUGCCAGUGUCCAGAAUCAGCCCAGAGGAAAGCAGCAGUAAAGCCACAGAUAAAGCUAAAGAAAGGACACUAGAGCAAAAUGAACAGGUCAAAGGAAACUUUGUAACUACCACAUACAAUCUCUCUGGAGGAUACAUGCCUUCUUUCCAGAAGAAGGAAGUGGGAUCUGUAGGACAAAGGAUUCAGCUCGCCCCUCUCGGACACCAGCAUGCACUUGAUCUCUCUGCCACUGCUGACUCUAAAACUGGCAAAGCUAAACCUUCAAAGUCCAAACCUUCCUCUACAGUUUCAGUCAAUGAGAUCUCUGAAGAUUAUGAUGGAUGGAAAAGGAGAUCAGACCGAACCCAACUCAAAGGAACGAAUUACGCAGCUCUAGGCAAAAACUCUGCCAAUCUCAUCGGUCGCGCUCCACCGGUUCAGCCAGUGCAUGGACGGGUUGACUGGGCUGCAAAAUAUGGAAACCAUCGCUAGUACAUCUCAUGCAAGCUACAACUGCUGUGAGGGCUAAAGUCUGUAUCAACACUCGUGAAUACUGUAUAAACACAUAUCACAUAACAUCUUUUUAUUUCUUAGAGGAGCAGCUAGGAUAGAUCCACACCAUGUAAGCCAAUGGCUCCUCAAUUGUUCAAUAAAGGCAAGAAUCUGAA